UUUCCAAAUAAAAAAUAAAAAAUUCAAUCUUGGUUUAGGGAAAAAUCAUGGGGCGGAGAAAGAUUGAAAUGAAAAUGGUGAAGGACAGCAGCUCCAGGCAGGUAACUUUCUCAAAGCGUCGUACCGGGCUAUUCAAGAAGGCCAACGAGCUCGCCACCCUCUGCGCUGCUCAGGUGGUUAUUGUGGUUUUCUCCCCUGGUGGGAAACCCUUCUCCUUUGGCCAUCCCACGGUGGAGGAGGUGGUGGAGCGCUUUCUAAAUCAAGGUACUCCUACCAAACCUUCUAUUCCUAACUUACUACGCGACACUCCUCAAGACGAGCGAGACAUCAAGAAGCUUAACCACCAACUCUCCAAGCUUCUCAAGGAAUUGGAGGCCGAGAAACAGAAGGGAGAAAUGUUAGAGAAGGAAAAGACCAAAGUUAAGGGUGCUGAAAAUUUCCAAAAACCAAUCAGCGAUCUUAGCCUCGUGGAGCUUCUUGACCUGAAGAAAUUCAUGGAGGGACUCCAAGCGAAGUUGUGGAGCCGUGCUGAUGAAAUGGAGGUAUCGUCAUCUCUGCUCCUCCUCUCACAGAAUCCUGUUUCAAACAAAGCUGAGAAUUAGUGAACCUAGCUGCAACAAAAAUGGUGUGUCUAACAAUGUCUUUAAAAUGACCUAUUUUCAACAGAGGUUGCUGUGGACCAUCUAAAUUAGAAAGGAAAAAAGUGGGAAACUUUGGUAUAAAUUGUCCAAUUAGGCAAUAAUAUUUGCUCAAUCGCUUUCAGUUUUUCCUUUUCUUGAUCAUUUCUUUCCCUUUUCAUUAGGUAACUAGGACUGAAAUUUUGGCUGCAACCUUUGGUGCUUUGCUUCAAUUAGUUAGUAACAGUGAAUAUAUCUUACUUGGCUUC